UCUAAGUUCAGUACUCCAAGAGAACAAAGAACGAUUCUCCUUCAUUUUAACUCGUCUCCAGUCUCCAACUGCAUAUAUUAUAUAAUAAUACCAAGUCAAUCCUCUCUACCAAACCAACACAACAGAAACAGCUUCCUCUAGGCGUUAUCUCCUUAUUCUCUUUGUGAAUAAAGCAUCUUCAACUUCUUGUCUGCUUCAAAAUGAGCUUCAGAGAUCUUGAGGUUGGCAGGCCACAACCACACCAACAGCGACAACAACAGCACGACCCUUCUCAGGCCUUGGCUUCUGGGAUUUUCCAAAUCAACACCGCCGUGUCCUCCUUCUCUCGCCUUGUCAAUUCCCUUGGCACUCCCAAGGACACCCUCGAACUCCGUGACCGGCUGCACAAGACAAGGUUACACAUUGGGGUGUUGGUGAAAGAUACUAAAGCUAAACUUGAACAGGCGGCUAGCGAAACUGACCAGCAUUUGGAAGUUAGUGUUGCCAAGAAGAUCACUGAUGCUAAGCUUGCAAAAGAUUUCCUGUUGGUUCUUAGGGAAUUUCAGAAGGUUCAAAGGCUUGCAGUUGAGAGGGAAACAACAUAUGCUCCUUUUGUCCCCAAAGAAGUUCUUCCAUCAAGUUAUGAUGCCCAUGAGCUGGAUAUAAGUUCAUCCCGGACUCCCGAACAACGGGCUCUUCUUCUAGAAUCCAAAAGACAAGAGGUCGGACUGGUGGAUGAGAUUAUAUUUAAUGAAGCCAGUAUAGAAGAAAUUGAGGUAAAUGAGAUUUUUAAGGAUCUCGCUGUCCUGGUCCAUGAACAAGCUGCAAUGAUUGACGAUGUCAGUUCUAACAUUGAAAGAUCCCAUGCUGAUAUCAUACAAGCCACAUCACAACUUGCAAAGGCAGCUAAGACCCAGAAAUCUGGUUCAUCUCUGACGUGUUUGCUCUUGCUGAUAUUUGGCAUCGUUCUGCUCAUCGUUAUAGUAGUCAUCGUUGCCGGGACAAUAAAUUAAUCGUCUCAGAUUGAGUUUGAUUUUGAGAUAUGAUCUCCUUGUAAUGUCCUUGAUGGUGUUCGCUAGCAAGUGCCUACUGCCUAACUUGUGCUGCUCUUGUCAACUCUAAUCACACACAGCUUAUAAAAGGUACAUAUAAUUUCCAUAAUGUAAAGUAGACCAAUAAUCAUACAGUCCAAUUGUUUGGAGCUGACAUCCUCUUUUCGAGGUUUUUUCUCGCAAAUGAUGUAAAAUUGUCAAGGAUUUCAUUACACGGUCAACAAAAUCUGGAACUUCUACAUCCCCUGCUCAUUUGUCUGUAAGUUAGUCUUUUCACAUGUUCAUUGUUGUACCAAGACUCCUAGAGUACUUAAAUGUCUUCUGUUUCAAACUUUGGUACAACUUAGUACACAAGAUUUAUGUAUGUAAAUAAUAUUUCUUGAUGAAUAUACUGAUUGAUGUUUGUGAAACUGCAUCUUAAUGGGUAGAAUUCAUUGUUAGAGAGUGAGAACCUCCGACGGUGGUGGCGUAGAAUGGAGAGUCUUGUAGAGCUCUGUUUGACAUGCAUCUUUCUAUUUACAGAUAAAUGAGAGGCGGGUACACAAAAGCUAAAGACUUUAUAGGUGUACAAAAUCAUCAAGUUGAGAUGAUAAUAUAUCUUCUGGUUCCCCAGUUUUGGCUGUGUUCAGUCUUUGUUAUAGAGGGCUGAUGACUAUGGCUAAGAAGUAAGGGGUGCU